AUGUUAACAGAUGAGGGGGUGACGGCAGAUGAGGGAAGAGAACGCCCCUCCAACUGCUCGGACUGCGGCAAGAGCUUCAAGACGGCGAUGGUCCUGGAGACCCACCGGCGGGUGCACACGGGCGAGAAGCCCUACACCUGCACCGACUGCGGCAAAAGCUUCACCAAGUCCAGCAACCUGCUGGUUCACCAGCGUACCCAUACCCACGUGCGCCCCUACACCUGUGCCCAGUUCGGCAAGGGCUUCACCCGCUCCACCCAGCUGCUGUCCCACCAGCGGGUGCACACCGGCGAGCGCCCCUACACCUGCGCCCAGAGUGGUAAGGGCUUCACCCGCUCUGAUUGCCUGCAGAAGCACCAGCGCACCCACACCGGCGAGCGCCCCUACACCUGUGCCCAGUGCGACAAGGGCUUCACCUGCUCCUCCAACCUGCUGAUGCACAAGCGCACCCACACCGGCGAGCGCAACUACACCUGUGCCCAGUGCAGCAAGGGCUUCAUCCACUCCAGCAGCCUGCUGAAGCACCAGCGCACCUACACCGGCGAGCGCCCCUACACCUGUGCCCAGUGCGGCAAGGGCUUCACCUGCUCCUCCGACCUGCUGAUGCACAAGCGCACCCACACCGGUGAGCGCCCCUACACCUGUGCCCAGUGCGGCAAGGGCUUCACCCACUCCAGCAGCCUGCUGAAGCACCAGCGCACCCACACCGGCGAGCGCCCCUACACCUGUGCCCAGUGCGGCAAGGGCUUCACCUGCUCCUCCAACCUGCUGAUGCACAAGCGCACCCACACCGGUGAGCGCCCCUACACCUGUGCCCAGUGCGGCAAGGGCUUCACCUGCUCCACCCAGCUGCUGUCCCACCAGCGGGUGCACACCGGCGAGCGCCCCUACACCUGCGCCCAGUGUGGCAAGGGCUUCACCCGCUCUGAUUGCCUGCAGAAGCACCAGCGCACCCACACCGGCGAGCGCCCCUACACCUGCACCCAGUGC